AUGAAUAUGGUGAUCGAAAUGCUAUCGUAUGGUAUGCUUAUCAGUGGUGCUAUUACCUUCAUAAUACUUAUCUCGGGAUUCAAAGCUACUUAUGGACGAUAUUCUCAGCAAUCCCAUUUACCGGUACCAUUUAUACCAGCUAAAUGGGCUUGGUUUAUACAAGAAUUACCAUCGUUAUACAUUCCUCUUCACUAUCUCAUUACUGAUAUUAAUGAUCAGCCUCUUAUCAAUAUAUUUAUCCUUACCUUAUUCUGCUUGCAUUAUAUUAACAGAGCUCUAAUUUAUCCAUUCCUGAUCAAAGGGAGUACAGGAAUUCCUGCGCAUAUUUUCCUGCUAGCUUUUUUAUUCUGCACAGUUAAUGGAUAUAUGCAAGCUACAUGGCAUUCUCGUAACGUUGUGUAUAACGAAUCACUGAAGAAUACGAUGUUUUGCUUCAUUGGCACACUGAUAUUUAUCACUGGAAUGGUGAUUAAUAUCACGUCCGAUUCAAUACUACGAAAUUUGCGACAAGAUGGAGAACUAGGCUACAAAAUACCUUAUGGUGGUUUGUUCAAAUAUGUCUCCGGAGCAAAUUUCUUUGGAGAAUGUGUUGAAUGGACUGGUUAUGCCUUACUGACACGCACAUUGCCGGCUUUUGCCUUCGCAUUUUUCACAUUAUGCAAUCUUGCACCGCGCGCCUAUCAGCAUCAUAAGUGA